AUGGCUGUUUCGACGACGACGGCGCCAGGGGAUCAGCUUCACGGCAACAAUGGCAAUCACGUGAUAAGCGUCGUCAGCAACAACAACAAGAUUUCACAGAAUUCCUAUCCUAGCGGCGGAGGAAGCCGCAAUUUCGUCCUCCGACGGCGGAGCCUGGAAAUCUCGGCGGCCGUCUUCCUCGGAAUCGCCGUCUGCUGCCUCGUCCUCUACCGGUCCCUCUACUCGUCGGCUGGCGGCCUCCUGUUCCCCGGCUACUUGUUUUCAAUCUCUCGCGGCAGCAGCUCGCUCCAGGCCGCGGCCAAUCGGCCGGAAAUCACUUCUCCAGUCCCAGAAAGCAGCGACCCAGAGUUGAUGAGAGUGCUCAAGAACGCAACGAGGACGACCGGAGGGCCAACGUCAUCGUUACCAUCAAGGACCGUGAUCCUGACGACGUUAAACUCAGCAUGGGCCGAGCCGGGUUCGAUCCUGGACCUGUUUCUGGAGAGCUUUAGGGCCGGUAACGGGACGCAGGAUUUGGUCGACAAUUUGGUGAUCAUUUCACUGGACCAGAAGGCCCACCAGCGUUGCCAAGCCAUACACCCACAUUGCUAUGCUUUGACGACCCCAGGCGUCAAUUUCACCGGAGAGGCAUACUUCAUGACGAACGAGUACUUGCUCAUGAUGUGGCGCCGUAUCGACUUCCUAGCCUCUGUUUUACGCCUCGGAUACGACUUCGUUUUCACGGAUGCAGACAUAAUGUGGUUUCGGAACCCAUUCCCGCACUUCUACAAAGACGCCGACUUCCAGAUCGCGUGCGACCAGUACACCGGCCGCCGUGGCGGCGGAUCCUCCACCGACCGCCGCAACCACCCCAACGGCGGCUUCACCUUCGUGCGGUCCAACGUGCGGACCCUCCAGUUCUACCGGUUCUGGUACCACGCGAGACAGAGUUUCCCGGGGAUGCACGACCAGGACGUGCUGAACAAGAUCAAGUUCGACCCGUUCCUCGACGACAUCGGGCUGAAAGUCCGGUUCCUGGACACGGCCUACUUCGGCGGGUUCUGCGAGCCGGCCCGGAACCUCAACUGGGCCUGCACCAUGCACGCCAACUGCUGCGUCGGGCUGGGCCACAAGAUCCACGACCUCAACGUCGUGCUUGGGGACUGGAAACAUUAUAUGUCGCUGCCUGCUGACUCCAGAGGGUCGGCUUCGUUUACUUGGCGAGCUCCCCAGAGGUGCAGGUACGUAGCAUUUGUGUUGACGAUUUGA